ACAAAAAUUACGUUGGCAAUUGAACGGGCAUGGCAUCGCGUGGGCUGCGUGUGCGUGGACUGCGGAGUUGGUCAGCCAAUCGAGAGGAAGCCCGGCUUCGAUUCCGCUGUACAGGUUGUGGCAAAUGUUGCACUGGUAAAGGUGGUCGCGUGCGCGUGAACGACCGAGAGGUGGAGGAGUUGGCUGCAGCCACACAUUCGUCAAUAUCCGAGUUCAAGCGGAAAUUCACCCGUGCAGUAGAAGAAGACGUCGGUGGACAGAAGAGGACGCAAUUAGUGCUGAAACAAACAUCCGAUGACAAACAGUGCAUCUUCUUACAAGGAUCCAAGUGCUCAGUCUAUCAAGCAAGACCGACCCAGUGUCGGACGUUUCCGUGGUGGCCACAGCAUCUCGUAUCGGAUUAUGACUGGCAGCUUGCAGCUGCAGACUGCGAAGGUAUCCAAGUGACUCAAGAGGACAAACAGGAUACCAUUCCGGCCUAUUCCUUCGACGACGUCAUGUCGGAGACCAUUCUACACGAUAUCCACCGAUCAGGCGAGAACUUCACGUACGACGAGCUGCAGCAAAUGCUGCGUGACUUGAAAGAAGUCGAGCCAGAUUUUGUGGCGCAGUACAAAGCGGAAUUCUUCGACAAGUUUUCAAGACGCAUUGUAUACAACGACGAUGAAGUCACAGUUCUGGACAGUUUUUUUGACGGAGCAGUGAAGCCCACGCGCAGUUUCGUUUUCAAUGACCGUCUGCACUUGACACAGAGUGAAGUGGCGCUUAUCAAGAUGCCGGAUGCCAACUCGGAGGCUGAGCCGGAGUUUGAUCGAAGUACAUUGGCGCUUGAAGUCCACAGGGCCUUGUGUUUGCCUCUGGCGUGGCUUCCCAAGCGAGAUAAGCCGGUUCGUAUAGCUGUAUUGGGUGCUGGAGCGUGUGCGCUUCCGCUUUUCCUUCUGGAGCACCAUUCAUCACAGGAACUUGGACAGCUUGAUGCUGUCGAGCCGAGCAGUCAAGUGAAUUCUAUUGCGCAGCGCUGUUUUGGAGUUAAUGCAGCUGUACAGCGUGACUCUAGACUUGUGAUCCACGAGAAAAUGGGCGAAGCUUUCCUCGACGAACAAGAGGAGGAUGCUGUGCUUGACAUGUUGGUGAUCGAUGUUGAGGCUGGAGAGAGCUGCGACGGUGUGCGAGCGCCACCGCUUGGUAUGUUGGACUCGGAUUUCUUACAUACAGCAAAGCGUUUACUUGUUCCUGGCGGGAUUCUCGCAAUUAAUGUGAUCACGGACUCGAAAGAAGCGCUGAACAACGUAGAAGCCAGGAUUGGGCUUGUAUUCUCGCGUGGUUUACGUCUUUCGUUACCCGCCAACACUACGUUCUUCCUCUUCAACGAGGACUGCGAUAACCCUCCCUUAGUGGUGGAUGAGUACGUUCGACUGGUACAGGACAGUACGUUCCAGACGCAAUAUGCCCAGACACCAGCACUUCUUGAAACAUGCCAGUUAAUAGUGUGGCACUCGAAUCUGGUAGAAGGAAACUCGGAGAAUAGAUGAUCAUGGCAGGAAUCAGUGAAGGUGUUUGAUAUUAUUUGAACUUAGUGACGAGGAAGCAGUAAACGAGUGGACAAGCAGCCGAGAAUGCUGAUCGCCGGACACGACAAAAGUUAUCGUGGUGGGGACUGGCCUACCUCUCGAUGUUUUCAUAGGAGAAUCAGGUUUGUUGUGUGUGACACUGGUGCUACACGUAAUAUUGUUGAAGACAAGUUGUUGCUGACCUGGAGGUGAGAGUACGAUAGAUUGUUGCGCCUCUUUUCCUGUACGCAAUGUAAACACUCGAACGAC